GGGGGCCCGCACGUUAUCACGUGACGUUAGUCAGCUGAGUAGCUGCGGGAGCCGGUGUGAAGGCGGAGCACCAUCCACUGACCCCCCAACUUUGAAGGGGGGGCCCUCAUCUGAGCUUGACAUGUCCCUCCUGGAUGCUAAGCUCUUGUAAGGGUAAUGCCUUGGGUUUCUCCAGGCAUGCGACUUGGACCAGGUUUGGUUUGGGACUGAUAGUUGCCAUGGCCCAGAACAAUGCAGGGAUCAACAGCGACUAUGAAGACUGGUCCUGGAGCACAGAUGCCGGCGAGCGGGCCAGGCUGCUGCAGAGCCCCUGUGUGGAGGUGGGACCCAGGAGUGCCGAGGAACAGCGGCCUGCAGCCACCUCGAUCCUUGGGGCCAUUUUCAUUGUGGUGAAUGCGGCCCUUGGGGCUGGGCUCCUCAACUUCCCAGCAGCCUUCAGCAUGGCAGGUGGUGUAGCGGCAGGCAUUGCCAUGCAGAUGUGCAUGCUCGUCUUCAUCAUCGGUGGCCUGGUCAUCCUGGCCUACUGUUCCCAGGCCAGUAACGAGUCCACGUACCAGGAGGUGGUAUGGGCUGUGUGUGGGAAGGUCACGGGGAUCCUGUGUGAGAUAGCCAUCGCGGUCUACACGUUCGGCACCUGCAUUGCCUUCCUCAUCAUCAUCGGGGAUCAGCAGGACAAAAUCAUUGCAGCACUGAUGACGAAAUCCACAGGAGCAGAGAGCAGUCACUGGUAUGCUGACCGCAAGUUCACCAUCAGCAUCACGGCCUUCCUAGUCAUCCUUCCCCUUUCAGUUCCUAAGGAGAUUGGCUUCCAGAAAUAUGCCAGCUGUUUGAGCGUGGUAGGAACCUGGUACGUUACUGCUGUCAUCGUUGCCAAAUACAUCUGGCCCGACCAGGAGGUCGUCCCGAAGGAAAUCCCAACCAGCCCCUCCUGGAUGUCUGUGUUCAACUCAAUGCCCACCAUUUGCUUUGGCUUCCAGUGCCACGUCAGCAGCGUGCCCGUCUUCAACAGCAUGAAACGGCCGGAGUUGAAGCCCUGGGGAGCAGUAGUGACGGCCGCCAUGAUCAUUGCCCUCUUUGUCUACACAGGCACAGGAGUCUGUGGUUUCCUCACCUUUGGUUCUGGCGUGGAUCAGGACGUGCUGCUUUCCUACCCCUCCAGUGACAUUCCAGUCGCCAUUGCACGAGUCUUCAUCAUUGUCUGUGUCCUGACAUCCUACCCCAUACUCCACUUUUGUGGCAGGGCUGUCCUGGAAGGUCUUUGGCUGCGCUACAAGGAAGAGACUGUGGAAGAAGACGUGGUUCGAGAAAGGCGCCGCCGCUUGCUGCAGACAGUGAGCUGGUUUCUUCUCACGCUCCUCCUCGCCUUAUUCAUUCCUGAUAUUGGCAGAGUCAUCUCUCUCAUUGGAGGGCUGGCUGCCUGCUUCAUCUUUGUCUUCCCAGGGCUCUGCCUCAUCCACACCAAGCUCUCUGAAAUUCAAGAAGCCAGACCAGCAAGCUGGUGGGCCUUGGUCAGCUAUGGAAUCUUCAUGGUUACUCUUGGAGCGUUUAUCUUUGGACAGACUACUGCCCAUGCUGUCUUCGUGGACCUUGCAAAAUGAUCCCUUCAACUCCACCCUUAGAAGACGAGUUUGCUGCUUGAACUGUGGAAUAAAAGGAAACCUCAGAGAAUUAUUGGCCUAAUAGUUAGGAUCUCUUAAAUUUCCGUGAAAGAGGAUUUUCCUUUCAAUUUUAUCUCCUGAAAUGGAACAGGACUGAUAUGAGAAAAAUUCUACAGUUUUGAUUUUGAAGCCAAGCAUCCUAAUGACUUGGUUGCUUUUCUAUGUACCUGCACAAGUCUAUUCACCUAAACUUUUUAGGAUAUCUUCCUCUUAAAGAACUCUUUUGUUCUGCCUUACCUUACACAUGCUUAUGUAAGAAUCCGGGAUGGUCACUACAUGAUAACUGUAUUUAUUCAGCCAACAGGCUUAUAUUUUUCAGCAUUACCAAUGAUUUUACAAGGCUUGUGUAUUUGAUUGUGAAAUAAUUACUGGGGGAACAAUGAACUUUAUCAUGUACGAGCAUGGGCACUGGGGCUUAAUUAUUUGAAAUAAUGAGUUCUUAAAAUCCAGGGGGGAGGGGAGAGGCUUGUAAUUUUGUUAAAAAUUUUGAACUUCUGAUGUGGAGUGCUGUCCAAGCUCUACCCACAACCUGAGUUUGAUCCCAACAGAAAUCAGUUUCAGGCAGCCAGCUCAAAGUUGACUCAGCCUUCCAUCCUUCCAAGGUUGGUAAAAUGAGUAUCCAGCUUGCUGGGAGUCAAGUGUAGACAACUGGGGAAGGCAAUGGCAAAUCACACCACAAACAUAGUCUGCCUAGUAAACCUGCUGUGAUGUCACCCCAUGGGUCAGUAACGACAUGGUGCUUGCACAAGAGACUAUCUUUACUUUAUAUGAAAAAGACGGUUCUUGAAGAGAAUCCUUGGAAGAUAAAAGGGAAAUUUGAAUAUAUUUCAGGGAAUUUGACUUGGACUAGAACUCACACAACUGCUUUUGUGCCUUAGCAUGAUUGGCAUUUUUUUCCUGUCACACUCUUGAGGUGCAGAAAAUCCAGGUGGUGCAGUAAUUUGGAGACCUGAGGAAACCAUCAGAAUGUUGCCCAGGGAAACGAAAACAAAAUAGGUCCUUUUAUCCUUUAAGUCAGCUUCCUGAAGAUUUUGUCAUGGAGUCUGGAUGACUACUGGGGAAAACCCUUCUGGUACAAAGGAAGGCUGUUGCAUGGCUGUUAAUUUGCUUAACUUACCUUCAAAGUCUGUGUCCUUUACUUAACCGGUUUAUUCUGCUACAUUCUAGUUCAGUGGUGGCGAACCUAUGGCACUCCAGAUGUUCAUGGACUACAAUUCCCAUCAGCCCCUGCCAGCAUGGCCAUUUGGCAGGGGCUGAUGGGAAUUGUAGUCCAUGAACAUCUGGAGUGCCACAGGUUUGCCACCACGGUUCUAGUCUCACCUUAACCUGGUUCGCACGGGCCUGUUUCUCAGCAGAGAUUUUCUGAGCCAGCUGCUUUUAGCUAGACUAAACUUCUAAUUGUUUUUAGAGCUGAUGUGUGAUUCUUGCCUAAAAUCUGGGCUGGUAGCAAAACUCCAAGUCUAUAUGUUCCCCCAUUCUGUUUGUUGGGACAUUCAGGAGAUGCAGUUGCUAUAUCUUGCUGAGGUGCUCUCAAUACAUCACUUUAUUAUUUUUAAAGAGGAUUCAGGUGCUUUUUUUGUUUGGGGUUCAAAGCAAGUGAUCUUGGUGGUUCUUAAAGGGACAGGGUCAUAAUGAAAAUAAUUAAAAAAACAGUUCUUGGA